GAACUACUUUCACGCGAAGUAGUACGCAUUUAUAGCAGCAAUAGUAAUUUGCCUCAAAUGAUAUGAUAGUUUGACAGAAAGUGUGUGAUUGAUAGUUUUCGGUAAAAAUACUUAACAAUCACGUCUUUUUUUAUAAAAAAAACUCCAUACACCGAUGACAAUAAACCAUUACGAACAUGAAUAUUUGUUAGAAGUUCAAAGGUCUCGUGUAGUCAACGAAGCGUUGUCGAAAUGGUUGACAAAAAAACUUUGGAAACAAUUUCAGAAAAAUGAAAGUUUGCUGGAUUUAUACAUUAAAUUAUAAUGUGUACAGUGUCUUUUUUAGAUUUAAAGUGAGUGCUAUUAGUUUUCGUCGUGAUGUCAUUAAUGGAUUUAUCGAAUUCCAAGUGUGAGCAAGAAAGAAGAAUGGCUAGUUGCAAUAUCGACUCAAACGAGCCAAAUUACAUGGAAUGUCCGCUUGUAAUAUGGGUGGACACUUUUAGACCAUCUGGCUCGCCAAAACUAAAGUACAGUGAUCUAUACAAUGGUGCAUUCCUGGCUGAUGUUAUGCUAGAAAUUGACCCACGACCUCAAUACAAAAAUGUGGUGCAAACUGUUCGGGAUACAACCAUGCGUAUGCAGAACUGGGACAUCUUGCUCAAGAAUAUCAAGGCUUAUUAUACAGAUGUUUUACAACAAUUACUUAUUGUCAAGUUGCCAGACUACAGACUGUUUUGCCGAGAACCAGAAAAAGAUGCAAGUUUCAAUGAGCUCAAGAAAGCCUUGUUACUUAUUCUUGGCUGUGCUGUACAGUGUGAGUUUAAAGAAAGAUUCAUCAAGGACAUUAUGGAUCUGGAGGUCAAUGUUAAAGAAAAAAUUGCCGAGAGCAUUCAACAGAUAACAGACGACACAUUGUCUAUCAUACCCACAGAUUGUACAGACAUAGAUAAACUGUUUGGACAUCUGCAACAUCUGAUUAAAGAGAGAGACAACAAUGUUGAGAUGAUGUGCGACCUUACCCAGGAGCGAGAUUUCUACAAGGCAAAGUGUGAGGGAAAGACUUAUCUGUCAACACCAUCCAAUAGUCCAGAUAAACAGAAUGAUUUGAUUGAACUAGCCGAGUGUAAAUCUCAAAUCAGGAAGCUAAAACAAGAACUAGAUGAGAAACAAGAACAGUUGUCAGACAGUAGAGAUGAAUGUGAGGAAUAUAAAACCAAAAUGACCAAACUACGCAAAGAGAAUGUAGAGUUACUGAAAGAUGCUGGAUCAGCCAAGGUCCUGAGAGAUGAGCUGGAUAUACUAAGAGAAAAGAUGAUCAAAGUUAACAACUAUGAGGCAGAGAUCCUGAAAUACAAGGAAAGACUGAACGAAAUGGAAUUCUACAAGAUCAGGGUGGAGGAACUGCGUGAGGACUACGCAAUAUUGUUAGAAAAUAAAACAAUUCUCGAGGAGCAGUUGACAAGCUCACAUAAACGUAUAGAAACUGUUGUUGGACUGGAGAAAGAGAUCUACAGAUAUAAAGAACAGAUAGAGGAAAUGUCUACUGAGCGGGAUGCUGACCGUGAGCGUAUCAAAAGUCUUGUAGAGGAGAACGCCCAGUUACAGUUUCAAAAGAAAGUCAGUAUGAAUGAGAGCUCAAGUCUUGAACAAGAAAUGCAAGCAGCCAAAAAUAAAAUUGCUGGAGUUGGAGGAGCUAUAUCUGAUCAGAUAAAAGAGACAACAAAUUCCAAAAUUCUACGUCUUGAACUUGAGAAUCAACAAAUGAUGAGGAAAAUAGAGGCUAUGAAGGAAAGCUCGUUGAUUGAUAAUGCAUCUAUGAAGUUAAAAUUGGAAAAAGAAAACCAGAGACUAUUAAAGGAGGUUGUGAAAGUACAACAGGAGAAGAAAGAAAUGGUUGAAAAAUGUUUUGAUUUUGAGGAAAAAACUUGCGAACUGAUGCGAGAAAAGGAGCAGUUGGUUUCAAAAUUGGAAGAUACCAAAGAAAGUGCUGAGAGGCAAAUAAGAGAACUGGAACAACAGAAAAGUGAUUUAAGUCAAACAAUGGAUGUAAUACGGAAUAGAAAUGAGCAAACUAAUGAUACUAAGUUGAAAGAUUUAGAAAGAGAGAAUAAAAAAUUGCAUGAUUCAUUAACAGCUAAUAAUCAAAAGCUGACAAAGCUGGAAUUUGAUAAUAGGAAAACUUAUAGUAGAACACAAGAAAAUCUAAAAAAAUUAACAGAAGUGGAAAUUGAUAAAGAAAACUUAGAAAGAGAAAAUUUAGAGUUAAAACGAAGACUACAAGCUCAGGAAUUAACUCAUGAUAAAGUAAAUAAACUUGAGCAAAAUCUUUCAGAUGUUCAGAUGGAAAAUCAGGGAUUACAAAAGAAAAUACAAAACUUUAAAAACCUUCUCCAAGAGAAAGAAAAAAUUGAACAGAAAAAUAUUGAUUUGACUGUAGAAAAUCAAAAACUUCAAAGGGUAUCGGAUAAUUUCAAACAUUUGUCACAUAAAGUACCAGAACUUGAAAAUGAAGUAAGUUUAUUGAAGAGGGAGUUGCAGCAACAGCAAAGAGUGCUGGAGACUAAGAAAACACAGGGUGAUAAACUUGAAAAAAUGGAGCUAGACCUUAUGACAUUAGAUAAUGAAAAUAUGAAGCUUCAGAGACAGUUAGAGAUCACAACUAACAGAAUGCAGCAGUUAGAAAAAGAUAAUACAGAUUUAGAAAUGGAACUUGAUAAAUUGCAGGUGUCAUCAAAAUAUUCACAUAAUAGGUUGUCAGAACUUGAAAAGUUGAACUUGGAAUUAGAAAAAGAGUGCAUGAAAUGUCAGAAGGAAAAUACACAGCUAAGUAAGGAAAACAAAAGCAAUAAAGUGAUUUUAGAAACCAGACAAACUGCUCUAGAUGAUUUAAAUACUAAAUAUUCCAUGUUAGAAUUAAGUUAUAAGGAGUUAAAUAGAACAGUUGAAAGGGAGAAAGAUUCAGGUUUUCAAAGUAAAGAAUCUGAAAAGGAACAAAAGAAAUUGAUACAAAACUUGCAGACGGAAAAACAGACAGUAGCAACACUGAGAAGAGAGUUAUUCAAUGAGAAGGUCAAGAAACAGGAGCUAGAGAAUGAACUUCAUAUGCUGCGUCAAGACUUAGAAAAAGUGGGAAUAGAGUGGAACCAGAAUGAGACUUCACAAUCUAGUGAAGAUAGUCGUUUCAAGACCCUGGAAUUAUUCAUGGAAGACACUCUUAAUAAGUCUUUAUCUAUCAAAGAGGAUAAGAUUCAUGCCCUGGAGAGUCGUCUGGAAGAAUCAAAGAACCGUAACCUUAAACUGCAAGAAGAACUGCAUAUCACACGACGAGAAUGUGAGUCUCUGAAACAAAGAAUGGAGGAAGAAUCUCUCAGUAAAGAAAGAGAAAGAAAUGUAGGAAGUUUCAGACCAGAAUCAGGCCGUGUAUCUAACAGUCCGUUUUUGAAAAACAGUGCAUAUACGAGUCCAGAUCAGAACCAAACAAGUCAUCUGGUAAAGUUAGAGAGAACUAAUGCCAGUCUACAGGUGGAGAAUGACAAUCUGAAGUCACAGAACAACACUCUAAAUGAACAUAUCAAGAAACUUGAAUCCCAGAAUUCCCAAGUGCAAUCAUCAGCCCAGAUUGAGAGAGGUUCCCUACAGUCCCAGAAUGCAAAGCUACAAGUAGAUAAUGCUACAUUUAAAGCUCAAUGUGAUUCAUUAAAAGAACAAAACACGUCUUUACAAGGACAGCUGUCUGUUACAGAAAAAGAUCAUAAAAAACUUAAUCAGAUUUAUCAUGAUUUACAAAGUGCUCAUGGAUUACUUAUACAGGAUCAUGAAAAAUUGAGAAAAAAUCAUAAUCAGUCAACAUCAGAGUUUGAGGCUUUGAUAUCAGAACAUGGUUCAUUAAAAUCCAUUCAUAAAACUGUGAAAAAUGAGAAUCAUGAUUUACAGCAGCAGAUAAACAAUUUAUUACAUGUUAAAGAUGAUGACAAUAAAUUUCGUGACUGGUUGAAUCGUGAACGUGAACAAUUGCAAUUAGAGAAGAAAUCUCUUAGAAAUGAUCAAAUGAACUACAACAAACUUCGAGAUGAACAUGAUAGAUUGUUAAAGGAGUAUGAUAACCUUAGAGCUGUUCAAAGUGAAAUGGAUAAGAACCAUCAUGGUAUUGUUGAAGAGAAUAAACAGCUAAAGGCAGAAUAUAACAACAUGCAACAGGAAUGUACUAAGUGCAAGGAAAGACUGAAAUCAAUAGAAACAGAAUUCAAAUUUCUGGCUGAUAAGUAUGAUGUUUUAUAUGAGAUGUAUCAAAAGACAUUAGAGGACAAUGAGCAGUUGAUGAAUCAAGUGAAGCUAUUGAUCAGCAAGAAUCAGGAGCUACUAGGCUAUGUUCUUAAUAAUAAAGAUCAGAUGGCUGGACAAGAAAAAUCAUACAUGGAGCAGUUGGCAGAUUUAAGAAGGCAGAAAGAACGACUAGAAGAGAAAAUUAUGGAACAUUACAAGAAUAGGGAGAAACAAAAGAAAAAUAAAAGUUUUGGAGCCAUGUUACUUCAGAAAGUUAGGGGAGGUCUAAAGCGAAGCAAGUCAAGGCCAAAUCUUCUAGAGGGAAGUCUAGACAGUUCUUCACUGGGUUCUGGGUCCUUUGCAGACCAAGAUGGGGAAUUUUCAAAGAAAUCAGACAAGAGACGGUACGUUCGACGCAGGGGCAGCAAUUCUGGUUUCAGCGAUGACAGUGAUAGUAGAAGUUUGUUGAAACAAAAUCGAGGGCUUGCAAAAUCCACUACUGCGUUAAAUGCAAGCCCCACAGAUAGUCCUAUUUUAUCUCACUCUGAGUUACGAGGUGCGAGGUCUACAGAAGGUUUACUAAGUGAUACAUUACUUGGAGACAGUGUCUCCUGUAGUACCUCUGCUUUCACCCCUCUGCCAGGUAUGGGCCAGCCUAUCAGUGAUGAUGAGGGAGGGUUCAAGCCAAACAAUCUUGUAGCCUCGCCACCUGAAUUUCUUACCUUGGAGGAAUUUCUUGCAGAGGGGAGAGAUGGAAAAACAUCACCAAGGCAAAAGAGAAAGAUAGAAUUAAAAGCAGAAGAUACAGAAUCGCGAAGCAGUGAAAACUCUGAUGGAAGUGCCAGACGCCGCCGCCCUGCUCCAUUACCACCUACUGAAAACCGUUCUGUACCGGCUGUAGCUGUCAUGUCUCCACCAGAUCAUAGUAUGUCGAGAAUGUCUCGUUUAUCAACUGGUGGCAGUAGCCAAGAUAUCCGUCCAGAAUCAAGUGCCUUUACACAAGUAACAUCAUCAUCAUUUCAUAGUAAUAUGCAGCCAAAUUAUACAUCCACACCACUUAGACCUAAUAAUUCAUAUAGAUCAAAACCAUUUGAAGAUAUGAAUUGUACGUUGGCUGUUUCGCUGGUUACUGUACCAGAAGAUAGAAGAAACAAUUUAGGUUAUGAACAUAUUAAUCAACCUCCAUCACAAAAACCUAAAACUGAUAUGUCAGAUUCUCCUCAUUAUAAAGGAGGUCAUGAGACAAUACUUAACCAUGAUAGUAGACUUAGUCCAGAUGCUCGCCUGGAAAUGUUGACCAGUACUGGAGGGGGCAGUGCCUUCUCACCAACUUCUUCAGUAAGUAGUCAGUCUCCACAUUCCUCAAACUAUUCUAGUCCUGGUGAUCAAAGGUCAAGGUUACAUGAUGGUGAUAUGUCUAUAAGGUCAGCUCAAGGACCUUUACCUGGAUGGAGAGGUCAGAAAGGUCAAUCAUCAUCUGGUCAACAUCCAAUGAAAGCAACUCAUCCUGGGUAUCCACCACCCAGUCAUUCCCCUGGAUUAUCUAAUCAACAGUUUGAUGACAGAAAUACUACAACACCACCAAGGAAAGGAAAUAUACUUGUCUCUAGACAAGGACCAAGACCUUAUGGUCCUUCCAAAAAUGUUGUUAGAGCUCGACCAGCCAGUGCCUUUGGUGCCCCUACAAAAAGUUCAUUUCAAAAUGAGGGGACAAUGAAUUCCUCAAUGAACAAUUCUAGACCAAACAGACAAGACCUCAAUAACUCCAUAUCAAGUCAUAGUCAUAGUGAUACUCGUGCCUCAUAUGACAAUUCAUAUAAUAAGGGACCAACUAGUGCUCACACAAAUGGACAAGUUCAAAAAACAAGUGUGAAACAACGUACCAGUGUAAAUAAAAUGGAAAGACCCAAAUCAGUUCCACCUACAAUGUUUAAUCAACAUGGUAGUAGUGAUUCUGAUCAAAGCAAUGACUAUCAGCAAAAUCAUGUUGGUAUUAAGGGCACACCUCCAGUUCCCCCUCCACGUAAAACAAAAGAUAUUUUAUCUGGAGGACGUUAUAGUGUUCUGCGGGAACCAUCAUCUCCAACUAAACCAAUGGCAUCCAGCAAUUUAAACCAAGGUCAGUGGAACAAUGGAAGUCAGAGUGGGUCACAAGUCCUGAUAGGUCAGACACCUUCAUCACCGCAGAAGAUUGGCCCAACACCAUCAAAAUCAUCCAACAACAGGCCAUUACCACCAAAACCAUUAAAUUCUGAAGAUGGGGAACACAAAGAAAACUCAAUCUGCAUAUACACCUCUGGUAUUGAAGUUUAACCCCCUUGCCAAGGUGAAGGCCGGAAACUGAGGACUGCGACACGACUGUAAAGGUGGCCAGUUCUGCUUGACUAGUGCAUGGAAGGCUUGGGAUUUGUUAUUGUGUCUCCCUCUUACAGGAGUCCCCACAUACAUAGAGCAUGGAGCAGAACAAAAAUAAAAAAUGUUGUCUUGUCUGCCUGAAGUAACACUUUGACAAAAAAUAUGGCCUAACACUGUACAUGUAUUAGUUGUAGCUGUGGUUUUGGUGUUAUAUAUAUAAGCAAAAAUAUGUAUAAAAAUAUAGCCAGAAAAAAACAAUAGAAUUGAAAAGGGGAGUAAAUAGCAUGUGAAGUCAUUUUUUCGUAUUUGUAAUAUACAUAAUUAUAUAUAUGUAUGUGCCAGAACAAGAAAAUUAAACUUGAAAGAUAACAUUUAUUGAUAAUUAAUAAUUUUGAUAUAAUGCCAGCUACUUUCUAUAUCAUCAGGGCAAAUUAUAAAUAUACAUUUACAUAUAUAGGCCAAAGGAGCAAGAACUGUUCAUGCUCAGCAUAAAGGAGACCUGUCAACAAGACAAUUUAAGUGAACAUUUAGGUAAAUGCGCAUUGACAAAGAUUUAAAAAAGAGACUCAAAAUUAUUAUCCAUUUUAUAAAUUUGACAAUAAAAACCUGUCUGCUUGAAGAAUGCUGUGUUGAUAUCUUUGAACCAAAACUCAAUAUUAUAUAAUGACAUUACUAUUUGUAGAUUUUGUGUACACGCAAAUGUCACAUUGUUACAGUAUGCAACAUCAUUUUUGUUCUGAUGAUCAUAAUAAAAACCAGUUGACAUAUCAUUAAACUAGUUAACUCAUGGACUGUGUAUAUGUACAUAUAAACUUUUGAAAGAUUAGUAAGGU